ACUCGAAAAUCACAUCGGACGAAAUCGAGUGGAAAGCGGAGCAAGUAAAACAAGAAGUAGAGUAAAACACACAAUUAAUUAGUUGUAAUUUGGCCGAAAGUGUAGACGGCGCGCGCGCGUUCGCUUAAUUGUAUUGUGAAUUAUAAGUAAUUAACGCAGCAAGAAGAAAGGCGAGGGAAAAGGAACCAGAGGAAAGAAUAGGGAAGGAUUGUGGAAUGUCCUUAAAUAAACAAACAAUAAAUCGCCUUAUCAGCUCUUCACCAUUUUGGUUGUGUUUUUUCUAUUUUGCAAAACUAAGACGAAAGCAUAAAUAUACUAACAAAUGAAGCCUACAAGCAACAAAAAAGUGUAAAAGAGAAAAGUCAAAAAGCGAGAACAAUCUUCCUAGAUUUUUGAUGAUUUUCGUUAACCCAUCGAUGGAUCAGCAAGAGGAGUUAGUAGCAGUACUAUGGUAAUAUCGAUCGGUACGAUGGGCCUCGUGCCGCUGCCACAUCGAAAAUUUGCAACUUAUCGUAGGAUGUAAAGGAAAAUCCACGAAAAAAGAACCGCAAGCGAAAUUGCAGAUAGAGGAUAAAUAGUUUAGCAAAUAGAAGAGGCGAACCAGGGGUGAAGCGCCACCCCCACCCACCGUCACACAAAUGAGGAUGCCACCAACAGGUUGACCACCAAAAAUACAAAAACAAAAAAUAAGCAAAAUAACGUAGUAAUAAAAGAAGCCAACCGCACGACAAAUAGAAAAGGCAACAACAACCGAAACCACCAAGCCACAAAGCCAGCCACCGAAAGAGAUAGAGCGCUAAAACAGAGCGAGAGGAGAGUGUGUAAACAAAAAUAGGCGAAACACAACACACGAAAAUACAAAAUACAAAACUCAAGAAGAAAAAAAAACCCGAAAACACCUAAAAAAUCCACACACACACCCCCUUCAAACCACAGUAUCCCGCUACAAAAUGUUACAAAACUCGAACGCCGCUGCCGCAGCGCAUUCAGCAGCGCAGGCGGCCUCAGCGGUGGCGACUCCGGCAGCGGCGGCAGCAGCGGCAUCCGCAGCAGCUGCUGCUGCAGCGGCGGCGGCGGCAGCAGCGGCCAACAACGCCGCCCUGGCAGCCUCCUCUAUCCAGCCCAAGCUCAUCGUCAUCCGCCGGCGACCGAACCAGGGAUUCGGGUUCACGCUGCGCCACUUCAUCGCCUAUCCGCCGGAAGAUGACCAGGCAUCGGCAUCGGGUUUGGUAUCGGGAACGGGAUCGGCGACAGCAGCAACGGCGGCAUCGGUAUCGGCCAACUGGCCACAGGAAGCCUCCAGUGCGGCGGGCAGCAGCAGCGGCAGCAGCAGCAGCGUCGGCGUCGCCGGGAUCACCGGUUUGGAACCAACGUCGCCGACGUCGCUGCCGCCGUACCAAGUGAAAGCGAUGGAGACCAUUUUCAUCAAAGAGGUGCAGGCGAACGGACCGGCCCACUACGCCAACCUGCAGACUGGCGACCGCGUGCUGAUGGUCAACAACCAGCCGAUCGCUGGCAUCGCCUACAGCACCAUCGUCUCGAUGAUCAAGCAGACGCCGGCGGUCCUCACGCUGCACGUGGUGCCCAAGGAGUGCGAUGUCCUUCAGAUGCAUUAUACGAGCAUUGCCCACACGCCGGAGUCGAAUCGCCUGACCAUGUCGACGCACUCGCCCUCGCUGCUGGCCAACGGCUCCCACAAGACCACAUUUCCAGCGGCAGCAGCAGCAGCAGCAGCGGCAGCAGUUGCAGCACCACCGCAUCAGCAUCAGCAGCAGCAACAGUUGAUCUCAUAUCCCGCUGUUGCAGCCGUGACCACAUCAUCGCCGGCAGGAUCGCCGCAAUCGCAAUCGCACCAGCACCCCAACCCCCAUCAUGCACCAUCCCUGCACGGAGGCAGUCGAUCGGGCAGCAUCACCAGCACGGCCAGCGGAGGCAUCACCAUCCUUAGUCAGCCGUUCUACCCACAGCAGCAGCAACAGCAGCAACAACAACAUCGUCACCCAGCGCUGACUGGCGGCAGCAGCAGCAUCGAUUUCGGGGACAUGGCCCAUGGACUGCGGCAGCAUCAGCAGCAGCAGCAGCAGCAGCAACAUCUGUACCAGCAGCAGCCACAGCAUCACCAGUUUAUGCGUGCUAAUCAGCCGCCAAAUUUAACAGUAUUAUCGGCCAGCUCGGCAACGACCACACCCACACCAACACCCACCGCCCGCCAGCCCAAGUCAGCGACGAGCCACAACCAGGCGUUGUACGCAGUUGGCGCGGGUCCGAGCUCAGCAGCCGGAUCUGGGUCGGGAUCCCUUUCGGGGGGCAGUGAGAACAGCGACCUGAUGAUCCGACUGCGCGAGUCCAUCAAGCAGAAGGAGGAGUUCCUCAAGUCGCCGGUGCCCGCCUCCAUGACCUCUGCCUCCUCGAUCAACGGCAACCAGGCGCAAUCCUCAUCCUCAUCGCCGGCACAGCAGCAACACCUGCAGCAGCACCAGCAGCACUUCUUUCCCUCGCACACGCCGCCAGGUGGUGUCCAAGUGGUGGUGCCUCCGCCGCGCAGUCGCCAUCAAGUGAUGCUCAAGCAGCAACAGCAACAGCAGCAACAUCAUGUUCUUGGCUACGACAUGUACCACUCCGGUGGAAAGCUGGUGCAGCGUUCUUCCACGGCUCCCGGCAGUGUGUGCCACCACCAGCAGCAGCAGCAACAUCAGCAGCACCACCACUACCAUCAACAGCAUCAGCAGCAGCUCCAGCAGACGCAACAUCGCCAGGUGAUGAUCAACAACAAUGCCAAGUACGCCAAGGAUCUGGACUAUUUUGAGACAUUGCAGGAGACAGGAGUCACCAAUAAGGUCUUUGAGCGCAAGCUGGUGUCACACAUGUCCAAGGGAUUCGAUCCGUUCAAGCCUCUGUCGAUCAACACCAGCGCCCUGGAGUCCUCUGCCAGCACGUCGAGCACUACGGCCACCACGACGGUGAAGAAGCAAAGUGUGCUGUACGAGUCCCUGCAGCAGCAUCCGCUGGCCAAGUACCAUCAGACGCAGCAGCAAACGACAUCGACGACGACGGUGGACGGGCAGACGAGCAGCCGGAUGGAGCUGCACAAGGCGACACUGGCGAAUGCCACCAUCGAUCCGGUGCCAGUGGGCUCCAGCAAGUUUGUGGCGCUGCCGGAUAAGCCGUCCGCGGGUUCCUCCGUUGCCACCUUGGCGGACAUUGUCGAGAGCAGUGCGGCAGCCAUUGUGGACAGUGCGGCGGGAAGCGGCAACGUUGUGCGGCGCUACAAACCAUUAUCCUCCAGCUCCUUCGACGAAGGCAAACCAAUGCGUAGGAUCUCCUACCUGCGGGCAACUAACAAUGAGACCGACUUCAAUGCGGAGGCUGCCGCCGGCGGAGAUGCCACGGCAACAGGGGCAUCAGGAUCAGCAUCCGCAACGGCAGCUACAUCUGCACCCACGCCCUCGUCUGCUCCACCUCAAGCUCCAGCUCCAGCACCUGUACCCCUGCCCAUUUCGAUCCCCAUUCCGGUGGCUGCAGUCGUGGAGCCGCAAAAGACGAAGUCCCUGGUGGAGGAGCAUCCGGAUCCCACCUACGAUGUGAUAGGAGGCACGGGUGGUGGCCACGAGUUCAUUGAGACGCCGAACGGCCUAGAGGAUGUGCGUCUGUCGGCCCACGGGAGUAGGAGGGCCUCUAUGAGCAGCGACAUGCGAAGCAGCAUCCACAUUGAUGCCGAGUUGAAUGGCAAGUAUGUGCCAAACGAACUGGAGGCCUUUGAGACGGAAAUCGAGAUCAAGUCCUCUUGCAUCAACGGAAAACGCAUGUCCGAAUACCGAUCAUGGCGUCAGGUGAAGCUGGAGAUCAAGGGAGAUCUGCUGCGAAUCUACUCAGGCCGCCAUGCCAAAUCGGAGCACAAUGUGAUAGAACUUGAUAUUAGAAACUUUAAGUUCUUCGACGAGUCGCUGGAUAAGAAGAAAUACUUGAUCCGUAUGCAGUCGAAGCCAUCGCCCAGUGGAGCCCAUUUGGCCUCCUUGGGCAACGAGUUAAACCUGGACGAGGGUCACGACAAGCUGCUAACCUCGUCGGGCAGCAGCAGUGCGAAUGAACCCACUGCCAACUCAGCAUCGGCCCUGACCGCAUCCACCUCCUCGUCCACCUGCAGCAGCGGUCCUUACACGGAGAUCCUAUUCAAGACGAAGAGCAGCAACGAGAUGAAGCGACUGUUUGGACUACUGCAAUGGAAGGACAGUCUCAACUACGAUGAUAACGAGCACCAGCCACAAGGCAAGCAGUUGGCAGAACCGCAGAAAACAGUGGCCAGCGCCAGCUAUCUGGACGAUGUCCAAGGUGCAGCGAGUGCAGCCGACAGCUCACCCUUGAGCUCCCAUUCGGGUGGCAUUGCAGACGCUAGUGGCAGUCACCAUGUUUCUGCGCUACCAGCAGCUGCGGCUAUUGUCGCUGCUACCAGCGACUCCAUUUCGCCGGUGAUGAAGGCAAGGAAAUCCUCUUCGCACAAGCAUAUACCUGAUAAGGAUUUGGGUUCGCCCAAAUCGAAGAACUGGAAGGAUUUGCUCUUCCGACGUGGCGGCAGUGGCAGCGGAGGAGUGUCGCACCACGACUUGGCCUCGCCAUCCGCCUGUGCAGCCAAGCAGAUUGGCUCCAUUGGCGUUCCCCUGCGCAGCUGCCCCAUGUCAAAGGUCAAUGCCUAUGUGCCGCAUCUGGUAGAGGUGUGCACGAACAUUGUGGAGACGAAGGGUCUGGGCGUGGUUGGCAUCUAUCGCAUACCCGGAAACAAGGCCGCCAUAUCGGAGCUGUCCGAACUGGUCAACACCAAAGACUUUCAGUUCGAGAGUUGUGCUAGCGAUGACCGCUGGGAGGAUGUGAAUGUGGUGAGCAGUCUGCUCAAGUUGUUUAUCCGCAGUCUGCCCGAUGCCUUGAUGCCAGCAAGCUACUACAUCAACUUCAUUGAGGCGGACAAGAAAUUUGGCCUGGAGAGAAUUGUCCUGUUGCGCGAGAUUGUGGAAUCGUUACCACGACAUCCUUACGAGACAAUGAAGCACUUGAUUCGGCAUCUGUGCCGAGUGAGCGGCAAUUGCGAUGUGAACCGCAUGGAGCCCAAAAACCUUGCCAUCAUAUUCGGGCCAUCAAUAAUCAGAACGCCGAACGAUACCCUGGAAACGGCAGUCAAGGACAUGAAACAUCAGUGCCGCAUCGUUGAGCUUUUGGUCACACAGUACGACUACUUCUUUGAGGGUGGCAGUCUGCCGGAUUUAGCCGAAGUGAGCGGCGGUACCGCCGCCAUAAGCGCCGCUCAGCCGCAGCAGCAGACGCAGGAGGAUCAGACGAGCAUGCUGCUGCACAACCUGUCGAAGAUCGAGCGGAUCACAGAACGUGAAACCACGCGCACCUCGCGCUUUAUGCCGCAGCUUAGACGAAAGACCCAUGGCAAGCGGAGCGCCGUAAACUCGGACACGUACUCCGGCGAGAGCGUUCUGGUAAGCGGGAGCUCCUCCAACACCAACACCACCACCACCACCACCACCACCCACACCACAAGUAGCACAAGUAGUAGCAACACCAUCACCACAACCAUCAGCACCACCACCAUCCAGCAGCGACGGGCGCAGCGCAAGGCUGUGCAGAGCAUUUGCGACCAGGCUCUAAUCCUGCUCCUGCCCACACCCGUUUCUUCCGUCUCUCUUCCCUUUCAGUCGUUGGACUACGCCAAGGCGUCCGCCUCGGCCUCGGCAUCCGCAAGCAGCACCGCCAGUACCUCCAGCAGUUCGACGCUUCACAGCGGCAAGGCAUCCGUCUCAUCCUCUUCCAGUUCCACCACCAAGUUCAGCUCAUCGUCAUCGUCGUCAACAACGGCUGUGGCGAUUUCUUCCUCCAUCUCGGCGACUUCCUCCAAGUUGUUGAGUGCCAAUUUUAAGAAGCGAAGCACUGGAGGUUUCCUGGGCUCAAGAUCCUCGCACCAGACGCGCAAGGCCAGCUUGGACGAAAAGGACUCAGGACAGUCGUCUGGCAGCCUUGGUCACAGUUUGGGAGUAGGUAUCAAUCUGGCCAAGGAACAACAGCGCAGCAGCGUGGACAUAUCCAUUCUGCUAACGGACGACGACUCUAGCAGCAGGCUAAGCGAUACGGGUUCCAUGUCACUGACAACCAUUACGGACACACUGGACAGCAAGCUACGCAACUUGCGCAGCGGCUCUGAAUCGAACGAUGAGAAUGGAUCGCCCGAGUUUCCCAAGAACCGGCGGCACACCUUGGGCCAGCCACUGCACAUGCACUCCGAGAACAUUCCGUAUGCGGACGAGUCGCCAGAGCGGCUGUUCCAUCAGUUUUGCAAUCCCCUUGAGACAGCCCCCCUAUCCCUGCACCUGAGCCGCUCCUGCACGGCCACCAAUACAAUUGGCGGCGAUGAAAAGCCUUCAAAGCAGUCGGCUGGAGUUGCGCCACUACCACCAAGUUUGCUUAAAGCGGCACAUAAGUUACAGCACUCAGCCACGGUGCCCAUUCAUCAGGGAAGCUCCACUGCACCAACUAGCGGAGCAGCAACGCCCGUCGGCACGCCGACCGGCAGCAGUGGGGCCGGCGCUAUUCCCUUGCGCAGUUCCUCGAGCAGUGUCACUACGCUAACCAAAAGCAUACAUCCCAGGUUCAGUAACUAUCUAAGCUAUGAAAGAGGCAACGCAGCCGCUGGAGGCGCUGAAAGGGUGGUGGGAUCCGCCGGAGGAGCUGCCUCCGAGGACGAUUCCGAGGGCUCGACCACCAGUGAUCCCAAGGAGAAGCUGCUUCUCGGUGAACGCCCUUCGCCUUCGUUUUUUAUCGAGCGCUACAACAAAAAAAGACGCGAUCAUCGGUUAUUUCGCAGCGCCAGCUUCAAUUGCCGGAACUACUCCACCCGGCACAUAGCGGCGCAGCCAUCCGGAGGAGUAGCGACGGGAGUAUCGGGCGGAGUAGCUGGAGCGGUGGCGGUGGGGGUGGCUUGCUGCCAGGCAUUGAGCACCACCGGCUUGACCAAGGACGAGAAGACUGACAUGAACCUGACAAAGAAGCGCCAAAUCCAGAACAAGCAGAAUCGAUCCAUUAAGCGGCGGCAUACGGUAGGCGGACCUCACGACUACUCCGCCAGCAAUGGUGGCUGCUCGAAUCACUCACACGGUCACGACCUAGCAGCCAUAAACUACAAUCACCACAAUCGCCAUCAUCAGCAGCAGUUGCUGAAGCUGGGCAGCGCUACAUCUGGCGGCGGAGGCAGCGGCGCAGCUGCGGCGGAGACGACGACCACCACAACGACCACUACCACGGUGCUGCGGCGCCUCGGUACGGGUCAAGCCGCUGCCGAAGCCAGUGUAGCGUUGCCCGGAUCUAGUUCCGGAUCCGGCAGCAACAACAAUAACUCACCCCAAAGCGACGGCAGUAAUGGCAACGGCGGUGGAGUAGCGGGAGUGGCCUCGGGUGCACCGCCAACUGGUGUAGGCGUCGGUGGCAACAACAGCAGCGGAAGCAGCAGCAACAGCAGCAGCACCAGCACAACUCCCGCUGGGAACGGAGAUCAGGUCCUGGAAGUGGGCAUACGCAUCAAGAACCUUAACCGCGGUCGCUUCUAAGAACCUAGAUCCCCAAACUAUGAAAACAAUGCAGUUUCACAUGCUUGAAUCAGUCUUGCGAACUCACAUUCACAGGAAACAGUCUAAACAAAACUAAAACUGUAGUAUGGUUAAAAGCAGACAGUCUGCUAAUAUCGCGUUUUGAAAAACCUGACGAAAAACUUAGUUUAUAGCUCCUAAUGCAGAUUACUGCGACAAGACCACCCCGAAAUAGCAGUUGUUUAAAUGUGGUUAACCACAUUAAUUGACACUUUGAAUCCCACAGUUUACAUGAGUAUUAUCGAAAGGUUUAAUAUAUAAACAAAGGCAUAAAGAGAAGAUAUUUAACAAUAGUCUGUUAAACACACAAAUGCUAAACACACAUUUAAAAAACAACAAAGUUAAAUUGAAUGUUAACCCUCAAAAAAGUUGCUAAAAAGGCAAAUCGUUGUAGCAAAGGCUAUUCGAACACCUCUAAGUAGUCUUGCUUUACAAGCCCUCGCGUUUAAAACUGAGUUUGGCAUGUUAAACGGCCAAAACGAAUUUUACGUUCAAAUGGGUCGUGGCAAAGACACUUAAAAGGGACGAAAAUACCUUAUGCUACUUAGAUUCUGUAAAAAGUAGUCACCAUAAUCUAUUUUACUAUAUACCUAUAUCAAUGUGCAGUUGCAGUGUUGUGUCCGAAUUGGGUCUUAAAAGUUAACCAAAAGGAGUGUAGAAAAAGAGUUGAUUGCGAAAAUUCAGCAGAGCAGUUGAAAUACAUAUUAUUACAUAUUCUAUCACAAUAUAUUUAUAUAUUCAUGUGCAGAGUCCAGGAAGUUGUGCCGACUACAAUAUAUUACAAAUAUAACCCAUUGAAACCCAACCAAGGAAACUUAACUUAACUAGUUGGCAAGGAUCCGAGAUCGAAUUGCUUAAUGCACUGUAAUGAAAAAAGGCACAACUUCAGGAGAAAACAAAUCGUAACAAUGCAACGCAGGAAAAACAGUCUGUACGAGGGCAGGAAGUAAUUUAUUCGCACACACGAAAUACACACAAAACACACAAAUUAAAUGGGAACCAAGCAAAGAUGGCACAUAUAUUGCGAGAGACAGAGCAAGAUAUAUAUAAGGAGUGACAGUGAGAGGGAGAUAGAAGGAGAGAGAUAAACUAUUUUGUAAAACUUAUACAACACAAUACAGAGAAAUCGCAUAAGCAACCACCUACGUAAAGGGAUAAUUGAAAGAGUCGCCUGUCCGCGUCCGUGCACUUGCAUGAGUCCCUCUGACAACUCAGUUGUGCUAGGUCCUGCAUAGGGAUCGGAUCAGUUCUGUUCUUAAUUAAGAUGUGCUAAUUAAUUUGUUUUUUUUUCUGUGUACCUCUGUACCUGUUGUACAAAAAUCGUGGCUUGAUGAUCCCAUUUUUGGUGCCUUAAAUUAUUGGCUUUAAAUUCUGUUAACCUUUUUUCCACCCACAAAAUUUGUUUUUUUUUUUUUAUAUAAACCAAUUUUUUUUAUUUAUUUGAAUGGUGCUGAGGGAAAUGCUUGAUACAGGUGCAGCUACAAAGCUAUGAAGUGGGGGAUAGAUUUUCCCGACAGGCGACCAGAAGAGGGAUAGCGUGUUCGAAAUUAGGUUUGAUUGAUAAAGCGACUAUAUGUUUACCAUAUGACGCACGAGAAACGGCAUAAAUUUACAUUUACAUAUAUAAUAUUAUAUAUUUUUGUGUAGUUUGUAUAUGAUUUAAGUUUGGGAAAUAAAAGAACGCAUAAAAGUA